GGGAGCGGCGGCGCGCGGCGUCCCUGGAAACGGAGUGGGAUCGGCGGGAUCCAGAGGGAUCGAGCGGGAUCCAGAGGGAUCCAUAGGGAUCGAGCGGGAUCUAGAGGGAUCGAGCGGGAUCCAGAGGGAUCCAGAGGAUCACUGCUGGGAAAAAUGACAGCUGGCUCUGUCUCAGCUCCUCAGAUCAUCCCACUUCGAAUCCCACCUCCAGGGAAAGCUCAACGGGAAAUAGACACAAAUACUCUCAUAGAAAUAAAAUCAGAUACACCUGAGGCCUCUAUUUAUUACACUUUAGAUGGAAGUAAACCAGAACUCACUAGGAAACCUGGCUAUGGGCCAUAUAACACUUUGGAGUAUAAGGGUCCUAUCAUAUUACCAGAGGGGAGAAUAAUGGUCAGGGCCCUGGCAGCUACAAAGGACUACAGGGAGAGUUCAAUUGUGACAAAGGUGUUUGUGGUAGAAUACCAGCAACCAAACUUCCUUUUCCCUGUUGAAGAUGAUGACAAGAAUUUCCUAAAAGAUAUGGCCACACAGAAUAAGGAAGGUGGAACAUUUACUACAAAACCUAAGAAGAACAAACUGAAUGUGGAAAUCAAGCCUGCCUGGGAUGAAACAUGCCAAGACCUUCAAGACAGAAAGCCUUCUCACAGAUCCCCUCGAGGACCUCAGCUCCUUGCCAGUGGUUUGGGAGCCACAGAGCACAGAGAGGAAUCCACCUCAGCACAACCAAUGGAGUCAUUGCAGUUUGCAAGUUCCUCUGCAGUGACUAGCCACAAAAGCUUAGCAAGCACAUGUGUGUCAAGGAUCCAGAGUGAAACAGAUUUCCUGAAAUGUGCACAUUGCUCUGCCCCUCGCCUGUCUGAGCCCUUGGCUCACUUCUGCCAGAAAUGUGGAUCUCCUGUCCCCCCUGUGCCAUUCCAGUGCUUCUCAGUCCCUGAAGGAACACAGAUGGCACCGUGCCUUGAAUGCAGACAUCUUGUGCCAAUGAAUACACCCACUUGCAUUAUCUGUGAGGCACCAAUAGCUCCACAACUGCAGCCCCAAAACAACAUCUGUAUAAAGGGCAAAGUCAUUUGUCAGGUGUGUGGUACAGGAAAUCCUCUUCACCAUAAACACUGUGCAACUUGUGAGAGCAAACUGCCUGAAGUACAGAUGCCCAUGUUUGGAGGAGACUCGUGCCCAGCUCUGCAGGGCCAGCCAGGGAAGACGGCUCGGUGCUCCAAGUGCGGCGGCGUGAACCAGAGCGACGCCCGCUUCUGUGCCUGGUGUGGGGCCAAGCCUGGACCUCCUCCAUCCUACUUUACUUGUUCCAAGUGUGGUACCAGCAACCAGCCCUAUGCUCGCUUCUGUGUGUCCUGUGGUGUCUACAUAGAGCCCCCAUCCAGACAGAGCUCUCCUGGCCCUCCCAUGGACCGUGGGGACCCCCUGGCAUCCUCCCAGGCAAAACUAUUACAGGCUCAAGUUGCCUGGCAAACUUGUCCUGUUUCCUUGCCCAAAUCAAGGGCAAAACUAACAGAAAGAGAAGAUAAAGGAACCCAAACCAUUGGACUUUUUUACCCAUCCAGCAAACUCUUGGAAAAGAAGGAGCUUGAGCUGAUUUCACAAAAAGAAAAGAUGGAAAAGAUGAGUGAUCAUAAGCCUCUCCUGACAGCCAUUAGUCCUGGAAAAGGUUACUGGAGAAAACAGCUGGAUCAUGUUUGUGCUCAUCUACGAAGUUAUGCCCAGAACAACCUUGAAUUCAGAACACUGAUUGGAGAGCCCCAAAUGGGAAAGAUCAAUUAUGCCACCAUCUCUGAAGAUGACUAUGAAGUCACUAUUACAUUGAAUUUUGCUGCUGUUAACAAGGAUAUUCAUCCUAACAGAGCAGUGAAGUUCAACAAUGAUUACCUGAGUGCUGGAACAGAACUCACAGAUGGACAGAAUGGCAGUCAGACUAAUUUUGUAGGCAGAGAUGAUCGUAAUCUUUUCUAUUCAAAAACCAAAAUAAAGAGAACCAAGUCAAAAACACUCAAGGGACAGGAAUAUAGGCUCUCUCCAGAGUCCAGGCAGCUGCUGGAUGAGCUGGGUCAAACUGGGAAAGGAAGAAUUACCUUCAUAGAACAAUUGCUCAAUGAUGCACAACAACACAGCUCUCCAUGGGGCAGUUCUGCUGGGACUGGAGGGAGAGGAGAGCAUCCGAGCCCUGUUAGGGUAGGUACUGUGGCUGGGCCUCCAGCCUGCCAGCACAGACCUGCCUGGCACCACUGGAGGGCCAGAGCCUGCCCCAUGUCCCUGUGGGAAGGAGCAUCCAGAAAUUCCAAAGUUACUCCACAUCAACAUUCACCCACAAGCCACUUCACCACUAAGUGCACUGAAUUGAAGCAGUUUAAACCAAUGUGUUCUGUAUUUCCAGCUGCAAUGCAAGCGUGCAAAAGAAGAAUGCAGCAGGGCACUCGGCGCUGGAUUUGGCUGUUGCAGCUGGAGAUAAUAAGGUUAUUUCACUGUUCCAAGUAAGUGUGGAUAGAAAGCACUGAACAAACUUAUGUGACACAGGAACAUUGUUUUCAUCAAUGUGUUAUUACAACAAACUUCUUCCCCAAAUAAAGCUGAAGGUUCUUUGACUUUGGGAGCACCUGAUCACAUGCAUCCAGUUCUGUCUGCAGAAUCCACGACCCUGUGUGAUUCAGCAUGGGCCCUGUAACAGUCAGUUCCUCCAAGACUGCCCCUUUCCUUUCCAGUAGUUCAGAGCACAAUUCCCCUCUGACUACACUCUAUUCUGCAAAUCUUUUCCUUUCCAAGCAAAGGGACAAACCAAACCUUCCCAGGCACAAAUAUAUUUCAAUGUUUAUGAAAUGUUCAUAAUGCCUGAUGGACACUGACACUUGAGCAACAGCACUGCAAGCUGUAACUGAUGAGCUUAAUUUUCCUUUUUGAUGUUAAAACUGCAGUCAGUGCAGCCCAUUGCAGUAAAGGUCAGAGUCUUGUCCUCCAGAAAAUCAAGUAAAACUACUUUGUUGAUCUGCCUUCAAAUUUUAUUUAUAAAUGCAUCAACUCAAGCCAGCUACAAACAGAAGUUUACAAGAAUACCAAGCACACUAAGGUGUGGUAUAACUCCAAGUUAUUAGCCACAAUCCUAAAUUCCUGAAGUAUUUAUAAAACUCCUCCUCCUUUUUAUGUCCCAAAGUAUCUAAAAGCAUCAGUAUAUUCAGUACAAACAUGGAAAUGGCAUGUCAACUCCUAUCAGAAACACAAGUUUUAGCACCAGAGCUACCAGUAUCUUUAUGAGACAGCAAUACCUCUAAACAGGUGGAUAUACAACAAAACGUAACAAAACGAAACAAACAAAAAACUAAGACAAAAGAAAGAAGAAAACAAGUAAA